AUGUCAGACCAAAACAAAACAAAGAGAAUGGCCACUAAAGGUGCUCUUACACGUUUAACAACAUAUUUUAGAAGUAUAGAAAAUAAUGAAAUUAUCGACCUCGUAGAUUUAGAAAUGCGAUUAUCCAAAGCCGAAGAGCUUUUAGAUGUUUUUAAUGAGGUUCAGCUGCUUAUUGAAACUGAUGAUCCUGACUGCGAGGAAAAUUAUGACACAAUACAUGCCAUUGAAAGGCAGACUUUUGAGGACAGAUAUUUUAAAAUAAUAUCUGACAUCAAAAACCUUAUUUUAUCUAGACGACCUACUGACACGUCUGAUUCACGUAGUGUCAAUGGUUCAAUAGCAGCUGGGCCUACAAAUACAAGUAACAUUAAGUUACCUCCAUUGAAUCUAGCUACAUUUGAUGGAUCGUUUGAUCAAUUCCUCUUCUUUCGCGACAGUUUUAAUUCUAUUAUUAAUGAUGAUACUUCACUUUCCAAUGUACAAAAGUUUCAUUACUUACGUCUGUCAUUACGUGGCAUAGCUGCCGACACUAUUAAAUCUUUGCAAGUCUGCGAUGCAAACUACGACAUUGCUUGGAGUUUAUUGAUCGAAAGAUUUGAAAAUAAACAGUUACUUGUAAACAAUCACAUUAAAGCUCUCUUUAACCUACCACUAGUUACAAAAGAAUCAAAUCAAGGUCUCAGACAACUUCUAGAUAAUACACAAAAACAUUUACGUGCUUUAGAAGUUUUAAAACGCCCCACUAAACACUGGGAUGAUUUGAUUAUUUAUUUGUUAACAACAAAAUUUGAUAACUCAACAAGACGCUCUUGGGAGUCACAAAAUUGUAAAGACAACCUACCAGUUUUAGAUGAUUUACUGAAAUUUUUAAAAGAACGAUGUCGUAUCUUAGAGUCAUUAGAUAACUACAAUGAUAAUAAACAGGAUCAAAAUUCACCACGAUACAAAGGUAAUAAGUCUGAAACAAGAGCCUUUGUUUCUAACACAGAGAAUAGGUUUAAAUGCAACUUUUGUAACAAGGAACAUAAAAUAUAUUAUUGUCCUGACUUCUUAAAACUAAAUCCUACUAAUAGGUUAAACAAUGCAAAACGUCUACGUUUAUGCCUUAAUUGUCUUGGCACAUGCCAUCGUACUAAGGAUUGUCGUUCUACUGGUUGUAGAAAAUGUGGAAAGAUCCAUCACACUCUGUUACACUUCGAGAAUUCACAAUCCUCAAAUUCAGUUUCCACAGAAAACAAUUCUUCUCAAUCUUCAUUACCUUCCAAUGUUCCAAACACUGGGCUGCAGUCAAAUGAAUCUACUUCUCUAACUUCUCUUCAACACAUCAUAUAA